AUGUUAACAUUUAGUUUAUUUAUAUUCUUUUUCUUCUUGAAUAAGCCAACUAACGCCGUCGACAUUUGCCCGGUUCUCUUCGUUAUUGAUGGAUCUGACUAUUACCCAACCUUUCGCAGUGAAAUCAUCGCAAUUUCAUCUACGGCUAGCAUAGCCUAUCAAUCAAGUAGCACAAGAUUCGAAGCCAACUUUUGGAUGUAUGGGAGUGGAAAUGAUGGAGCUAUUCCUAGCACUUUUAUGGAAUCAGCUAACGAUUUCAAAGACCAUUUGCAAGAAUUGCAAUCGGCUGGCGGAAAGGAGUCAGUGGCCGGAGCCACGUCGCAGUUGAAUUCUUGGUCAACUCGGGAUGCUUUGAUUGUGAUUUACACAGCCAGAACAAUAGCGAUUCAUUUGAAUGAUGGCAUUGACACAAGUCCAAUCUCGGCCUAUCCGAGUCCAGCCAUGGCCGACUAUAAUGGGCUUGUUUCUUUGAUGUUUAGUGCGUGUAAAAACUUGACAAGUCCAGUGACCACACCAACUCCUCAAUGUAGGGCUUACUUCGCCUUUGAUGGAUCGGAUGCUGGAAAAGCUUUUGGAAACCAGCAAAAAGAAGCUGCCAUAGCUGCUGGAAGAAAAAUUUACUCAUCGAUGGAUUUUUAUCCAAAUGCUUGGAUGUACACGGAUCAAUCAACGGACAAAGAUCUACCAUAUGCAAUUAUCACAAAUCAGGACCUUUUCGAGAGCACUGUAAACAGCAUGCAGUUCACUGGUGGAAGUGAUACGGUCGUUGAUGCGGUCAAGCGAAUGAAUGAUCCUAGACUCUAUUCUUGGCCGUUGAUGGUUUUGUUCACUGGCAGUGACCAAUCAUCAAUUGACAAAGCCAGUUCAAUCUACAUUCGAAGAAAUUUCACGAUUGGUGUGGGAUUGAGCGGACAAACAAUGAGCUCAAUCUCUGCUCUUUCCGCAACUUUUGCCAAUCUUCCCGAUGCUUUGCUUUCCUUGUGUCAAAAUCCACCACCAUAUCCUGGAUCGCUA